AACUUGCUUCACAGUGCACCUUUUAUCACCCAGUACGAAGAAACCCACUUUUCUCUCUCGACUCUGUUGGAUGGAUGAAUUCCUAUGCAAACCAUUUUAAGGAACAGAUAAAUCUCCUCCACUUGGACGUUUUCAUUUGAGCAGAUGAUCAGCAUCGAGCGGCCCCCUCCAUUAGCAGCUGUCUGGAGUGGGAGAGAGCCUCCCUCAGCGGCCAUCAUGCCUCUGAGAGCCACUCAGGCGCAGCAGCGGCUAAAUGGGAGAAGAAACAGAAGGAUGGAAAGGACCAAUCCUGGACAGCGCUCCAAAAAACUGGCCAUCAUCUCUCGAUCUCUACUUAUCUGCAGCUCCAGGAGCAGUGAUGACACCUCUAGCCCUGAAGAGAGGUACGGAUACAAGAACUGGAAAGAAGGGUACCAAGAAGACCCUCUGGAGGCCAAGUCUGGACAUAUGGAAAUGAAUUUCAGCAGGAGUGUUAGCCUACAGGGAUCAAAGUGGAGUGAGGAUCCCAAAAAGAACUUAAGAAGGUCCUUUUCUAUUAAGGAAAGCAGUUUCUGGAGAAUGUGCAUUGCCACCAGGGAGGAGUGCGGACCACUCGGACCUCAAGUGGCUGAUAAUGACCUUCAGCCUGGUGACAAUAUAGUCACUGUUCAAAAUGGAGGCCAAUUACACAGGGACACUUACAUCCACUAUGGCGAGAGGCUGGCCCCAUUUAAUGGGCAGGUUUUAAAUGGCCACACAAAACUCGAAUCAGAGAAAAAGCCAGCUAUGAGAACUGAACCCAAAACAACUAGUGCUGAGGUUUUCAGCUCAUAUGAAAACAGUGGCCUGCAACGUAAUUGCAAUUCAGCAGAUUCUGUAAACUACAGGAAAGAAGUACUUGGAAACAACUUAAAGAAGCCCAUUAUAGAAGUAACAGAGGACAAUAAAAGCUGUGAAACAGAAGAUACUGAAGCAACAGCCUGCAAGAGGAAUCGUUCAAACUCUACAAGUGUUCACCCAUACUGGAUUGGAGAUUUGGAUGCCAUAAUUAUGAAGACACCGGAGCUGUUUCCCUGUCAGGUUCACAGUGCCACUGGCAUUUAUGGAAACAGGAAGUCUCUUUCUCAACAACUGGAGUUUCCUCCCAGUGUUCAACAGGUUGUACCAAGACCUUCUCGCUCACUCAGUUCAGCACAUCUGCUCCAUUCCAGCAGCAGUGUCCAGGCCUUCAUCAUCUGUAAUAUAGUAUUAAUGAAGGCACCUGGCAAGGGACUAGGUUUCAGUAUAGUGGGAGGCAAGGACAGUAUUUAUGGUCCAAUGGGAAUCUAUGUAAAGACCAUUUUUCCUGGCGGAGCAGCUGCAGCAGAUGGACGACUGCAUGAAGGAGAUGAGAUUCUGGAGCUGAAUGGAGAGUCUCUGCAUGGUCUUACACAUGAAGAUGCUUUACAGAAGUUUAAACAAGUGAAGAAAGGUCUGCUGACGCUGGUAGUAAGAACCAGAUUGGGUGCUGUCGUUGGCAAUCAGACUCAGGUUGCUCAGCUAUGCCGUUCCAAGUCUCUCAGCUCCACUGCAGGUAUCAGCAGAGCCAGUGAUGAACUAGCUGACUUCCCUAACUUGGGCUCUCACGCCAAGCCCAGAGACCGCAUCAUGAUGGAAAUCAUUCUGCAGAAGGAAGUUGGUGUGGGCCUUGGUAUUGGGUUGUGCUGUGUUCCAUCUGCUGAAGGUGGUCCUGGAAUCUACAUUCACACACUGUCACCAGGUUCAGUGGCACACAUGGAUGGCCGCUUAAGAUGUGGAGAUGAGAUUGUGGAGAUUAAUGACACUGUGGUUUGCAACAUGACACUCAAUGAUGUGUACACAGUUCUGAGUCAAUGCAACCCAGGGCCAAUUCAGCUCAUCAUCAGUCGUCACCCUGACCCUAAAGUUUCUGAACAGCAGCUGAAUGAGGCCAUUGCUCAGGCAGUAGAGAACAGCAAAUUGAAGAGAGACAAGAGUCACUGGAGUAUGGAGGGUCUGAGGAGGAUGGAACCAUGUUCACACAACAGGACAAAGUGUGAGCGCUGUAUGGAGCGAAGCCACAGCCAGAUGAGCUGCAGGCGAGCCCAGAAACCCAUGAUCCGUUCCUGCAGUGAGGGUGCAUAUAACCAGCGCAGUGCUCUAACUGGUGCCAACAUGAUGUCAUGUUGUCCCCAACACCAGAAUGUCACUCGAGUGCAUAGCAUGGACGCCUCCAUAACAGCUAACUGUGAGGUUCUGACCAGCAGGAGGCCGUCCCCAAUUUCAUAUGCCAAUGACGACUACAAUGUGCCCUACAACUCUCAAAUGAACUUUCUCAGUCAUGAGAGGUUAGAUGCAGGUUUCGGGAGGACAAGGGGAAGACCUCGUUCACUGCCACGAAGGUAUUGUAGACGACAGGGUGUCACCAAUGAAGAGUCACUAACCGACACAAGUGGCUCUAGUGGAGGUUCGCCAAUGAAAGAGGAAGAUCCGUUGCCUUCACAAAGCUGCCAAGAAGUGGAUGAGCAUUCAGAAGAAGCUAAAGCAGCACACUUUGAACCUGCUACUGCAUAUACAGCUGAAAACAUACAUAGGGAGGGCAGACAACAACGAGACUCUCAGUCUUCCAACCAGCUGUGUAGUCCAACUAGGAGAACCAGUCUGAGACACCAGGACUGUGUGGAGUUGCAUUCUGAACAGCAAGUUGACCCUUGGGUGAGACUAACAGACAGUCUUGAAAAGCGCCUGAACCAUCGAAAAAUCAUGAGUGACCAUAAUGGGAAUAAUGAGAUAAAUGGCACAGUCUCAGAGACCACGGACCCCAUCUCUAGCUCAAAGUCAGAGGAAAAUACCGAUAUUAAAAAGGGGCCUCCAGUGGCCCCAAAACCUGCUUGGGUACGCCAAAGUCUUAGAAGUAUCAAGUCUGGGAGGUCGCCAGCUGAGGCCUUUAAAAAUCAAUCAAAAUGUCAAGAUACUGGAAGGACCUUUGGAGUUAGUCUAAGGUCCACUUCAUCAGCAGCAAAUCUAUCUUUCAAACAAAAGCUCAGCUCAUUUGAGACCUUUUCUAACACUGAUGGAGCGGAGAGGACAAGCAGAAGACUGUCUGCAACAACAUCUCCUCAGGCAGAACAAAGUUCAGCUAGGUUUGAGAAAGCACAGCCUGUAGAGACCAGCAACACAUGGAAAAGUAGAACUAAUGUGAUUAACACUCAGGACAGUGACAAACCUUCUUCAGUGAUAAAUCCAGCCACCACCACUGAAUCAUUUUCUGAAGAAGAACAAGCAACCUCUAACAAAACAGAUUUCCAAAUUGAGAGCCUAAAAACAGAUAACACAUCUGCUGCCGCAGAGCUAACUGGGGAUAACACCAACCCUCCAGAAGAGAUUCCUUCUUUUUUGGAAAAUGUGAUAGAAACCAAUUCUGCUUUGAAAGAUGAAGCGGAAACAAGUCCGUCUCAGAAAGAUGAUGCGGAAACAAGUGCUGCUCAGAAAGAUGAAGAGGAAACCAGUCCUGCUGAGGAAGGCUCUCCCCGUCUUGAGCAUAUCCCUAGAAGGUCCAGCAGUUCUAAAGAUCCUCCUACAGAAAAGCUAUUUUCAGUGGAAGGUCACAGCAGUCACACUGCAAGUUUAAGAACCAGAAGUCUACCCCUGAAUGCCUCCGCUUUGUCAGAGGCCCACAGCCAAUGUGGUCUGGAAGGGGAAACCCUUGAGAUCAUCCUGUCAUUCAGCAACCAGGUGUCCCAUGCCCUAAUGCGUUCCAUGCAAUCCCUGCCCCAUUCCCCAUGCCUAAAGCUUGGUAAUCCAUGGAGUGCACCAUCUGGAUUGUCUCACAAUAACCCCGUAGAUGAGGAAAUUUCUUCAUCUGAACCAUUACACUCACCGGCACCAGACAGUGCUGAGAAGGGCUUCUCUGUGAGCCUGGCUGAGUUGAGAGAGUGCACUAUUGAGAGAGGAGAAGACAGUGAGAAGACUCACUGUACAUCUGAACGACCUCUCACCACACCCUCAUCAGUGUGUGCCCAGUCUGUGAUCUCAGCACUUCCACAACAAGAGAUCCAGCGGCUAAUACAGGAGGUCAAGGAUCUUGACGAUGACACCCUAAAGCAACUGGAAGACAUCCAUGUAGUGAUUCUGCACAAGGAGGAGGGAGUUGGCUUGGGUUUCAGUAUUGCUGGUGGUAUCGAUCAGAACAAAGCAACUACAGUUCACAAAAUCUUUCCUCAAGGCUUAGCUGCUCUGGAGGGUACCAUCGAGAAAGGAGACGAGGUGCUGUCUAUCAACGGACAGACACUGAAGAACGUGAAGCACAGCGAUGCUACAGCAGCACUCCGUCAGGCGCGUGAAAUGAAGCAGGCGGUUGUGGUGGUGUGCAAGAGUAAGGAGGCUGAGAGUAGCACAGAUGCUAGCACAACCGCUACAGAGCAGAGCUUCACAGGAGAUGAAAGUGGAGAUGUCCUGACUCUAGAGUUGGAGAAAAAUGCAGGUGGAGUAGGUUUUGGACUGGAGGGAGGAAAAGGCUCUAUUCAUGGAGACAAACCUUUGGUCAUCAACAGACUCUACACAGGCAGUACAGCAGAGCAGAAGGGCCUACAGGUCGGGGAUGAGCUGCUGCAGGUCCAGGGCUCCACAACACAAGGCCUUUCACGUCUCGAUGCUUUGACUAUCCUCAAAGGUCUUCCUGAUGGAUCCUUCACAGCCAUAGUGAGAAGAAAGACAGCUGAACAAAGCUAAAUUCAGUACAAGCAGAUAGCUUGAAAAGUGUAAAAGGACUGAAUUUUAGGAAACAGUCUUAAACACCUUUAGCAUCAAAUCGCACUUACUGUAUGCUGGAAUUUGCAAGCAGUUUUAAUAUAAACUGGAUUAUAUUUAUGUUUUCGGGAUUAUUAUUAAAAAAAAUCUUGAAUAUAGUUCAAGUAUUUCCUAUUAUAGGAUUAUCGGAAACCCAUUACAAGGUUAUUAAACCUAUUUCUAAACAUAUUGGAUGAAUAUCCGGCAAUUUUGCUCAUUUGAAGCACUUAUUUUGAAAAAGAUGUAAAAUGAUCUUGCUAAUAGAAAAAAGAUUUAUGAGUAAAAAGGUCUACAAAUAAUAUGGAAUAAUAUCAUAGUUGUAAUUGUUGUAUUUUAAUCUAAUAAAAGGACAUACUGGAUGAAUUUCACAAAAAAUAAUGUAACUUGAUCAGAAUGUACUUAGUGACUGCUGCAGACUGUUACUUUAAGGAAACAGCAUGCAGAGUUGUUAUUUUGAUACCGAAAUCAGGUUUUGAUUAAAAUAACAAAGACCAUUACAGGAAGUUGGUGGUCAAGUGUAAUGAACUUAUUUUCAUAUUCAGUACAUCACAAUGUCAGGUUUCACUCUGCAGAUGUUCUUUACUGUAAGUACAAAAGCAUGUAAUAAUGGAAAUUUUGAUCAGUAUUACUCUGUGUCCAAAUGUGGCCCAUUUUGAUUUUAAAAUUUUAAGCAUCUUUGAAGAUCUGCCCAUUUUGACACUAAAUCCUAACUAUAAUAUUCCAUUUAAUAUAUAUGCUAGAAUUACUGAUAUUACAUUUGUUUAACUGAGAAUGGAGCAUUUUUCAGCUUGGUAAGAUUGAGUAUAAAAGAAAGCGUUUAUAAAGCAAAGACUUGACCAAAUUUAAUGCUGAUGAAUUAACAGCUUUGGGUUUUCUUAUAUAUUGUUAAUGUGUUUGAUUUCGAUUUUUUAGUUUGAUUUGUUAGGCGGUUCUUCCAGGAUUAUUAUAUGUUGUGAUCCUUGCAGGCAAAAAAUAAGUGAUAUUGCUGCAAUUCUUUCCAAGUUUGUGAUGCAACUUUUGCAGAGAACUACCUGAAUUGGCAAAAUUACAAACACAAGAUUUUUCUGUUAAACUGCUACCAGUGAAGACACUUUAGCUGCACUCAUGAGGGCAUGGGUUGAAUGCGUGUUGUGAUGUCUUGGCCCAAAUCUGCAGGAAAUCUGAGGUAAUUAUGAAAAAUUGCAAGCUCCUCUGAAUAUUGUGGAGUUUGCUUGAUGUUGCAUUAAAUUCUGCAACUGCAAAAUUUGUUUUGGAGGAAUUGGUAAGGCUUCAACGUCUACUUUUCAUCACACACUGACAGAAGUCUGCUUCUGUCACUGAGAACACCUGAGAAUACUGGGGCUGAUAAACAGUAGCAGCUCUAGCAAAACCAGUUGGCCAUUAAGAGACAGUCAGUUACGAGUUACCAUUAACCAUGCCUACAAUAAACCAGCAAAGCCUAUCAAUGCAUUUUCUAAUGGAUGCCAAUAUAUUCAUGUGAAAGUAGCCAUAUAGAACUGUGCUCACUAAACAACAGGGGAAAGAGAAGAGGAACAUUAUGAAUAUGAAUUAACUCUGUGUAUCUUCCAUGCCAUUUAUUCUGUUAUAUAUAUAUAUAUAUAGAAACAUGUCUACAUGAAUUAGUCCAAAGCUGCGAUUAAAAUUUGUCCAAAACAAGUCAAGUUUGAUAUUUAGACAUAAGCUCUUUUUGUCUGUUUAAAUGAUUCCAAAGCUUUUAUUGGUGUUCAUUAUUAUUAUUAUUUCUUUUUAAAUAUAUAUAUUUUCACAAUUUUAUCCAUGUGAAAACAUCUUAACAGAUUGACAUUUUUUGUUUGCUGAUGCACAGAAAUCUUGCCUUUGUACGGUAGUACAAUCAUGGUCAGGGAUUCCUGGGAACUUGACUCUAUUCAAGUUUGCCUCUUUUGUUAAGAUUUGCACAAAAACUGUACAGUAAAGUAUAUACAAAAAUUUCUAUAGAAACUAAAAAAAGAGUAUUUGACCAGAUUCUAAAUAGAAUAGAUUUUGAAGUCACAAUAAUGUAACAUUUUCCAGAUAUGUUUGCAGAAACCAAAGAUACAAGAUGUUUUUAUGGCCUGCCUUUGCAUUCGAUAUUUUAUGACUGAAUAGGAUUCAUGCCUCAUUACAAUAAAUGCCAUUUAAUUUAUUUAAGUUCUUAAAAGAAACAGAACAUCCAGUAUUAUUAUAACUGAUAAGAAAUGCUCUCAUUAAUUAUUUUUUUUUGUACAGAAUAAGUGACUAAUAUAUCAGAAAGCCCUGUUCGUACUGUUUAAAUCAUUAUUGUAUUCUUUUUUUUUGUUCCCCCCAAAAUACCCUAAUAAAGUAAUCAACUACAAAACA